AUGGGUCUGAUGUUCGAAUCACUUGCCCAGGAUUACCUCGAAAUCUACGAGAGCGCAUCAUCAUCCCCUUCGUCUUCACGACUCGUAACAUCGUUCUCAUCUCUUCUCACUACUCUUGCUCUUGCAACUCUCCUCAAACGCCGCUUGGUCCCCAGCCCUCUCCUCCUCGCAUCUGCUCCGUUUCUAAAGUCGUGGCCGCCUCUCAAAACAACUCUACACCGACAGUGUAACUUUUCCCCAUCGUACACCACACACCCAUCCACCUCCACCGCCAUGUCCGCCCCUGUCCCUGCCAACGGUCACGCAUCUACCUCCACUGAGCAGGCCCCGGUCGCUGCUCCCGCUGUUACGAUGGCUUCCUCGGCUGCUUCGAUCCAGCCCAGCGAUGUCGGAUGGCAGUUUGUUCCCCAGUACUACAACUUUGUGAACAAGCAGCCCCACCGUCUCCACUGCUUCUACAACAAGCGGUCAACGUUCUUGCAUGGCGAGGAGGGCGAGGACACUGCCGUCGCCUUCGGCCAGGCGGAGAUCCAUGAGCGCAUCACCAAGAUCGGGUACGACCAGUGCAAGGUUUACAUCAACUCGAUCGACUCGCAGUCGUCGGCGAACGGUGGCGUUAUCAUCCAGGUCCUCGGUGAGAUGUCAAACGCGAACAAGCCCUGGCGCAAGUUUGCUCAGACCUUUUUCCUCGCCGAGCAGCCUAAUGGCUACUUUGUGCUGAACGACAUCUUCCGCUACCUCAAGGAGGAGGCCGACGAGGACGAGGAGCCCGAGGUCGACGACGCUCCCGUCGUCAGUUCGGCACCGGGUACCCAGGCCGACGCUGCGCACGCGCAGCAGGUGCCGGCUGCGGCCGUUGCCAUCGAGCAGGAGUCCGAGGAGGAGUCUGUCAAGCAGGAGACUGCCGCUCCGGAGGUCCCCGAGGAGAAGGCCCCUGAGCCCGAGGUCGUCGCCCCUGUCGUGAAGGAGGAGGAGAAGCCGGAGGAGAAGGCGCCCGAGCCUGCCCCCGUUGCAGUGGAGGAGCCAGCGCCGGCUGUCCCAGAGCCUGUCGUCGAGGAGGCCAAGCCCGAGCCUGCUGCUCCGGCUCCUGCCGCCGCUCCCGCCUCUGAGAAGGCUGUCACCCCUGCCAACGGCUCGGCCGCUCCCUCGGGCAGUGCCACCCCCGCUGCCCAGCCUGCUCCUGUGGCUGCUCCUGCCGCUCCUCCCAAGCCCGCUCCUCCCAAGUCGUGGGCGAGCCUCGCAGCCAGCGGAGGAAAGGCCUGGGCGACUGUCACGGCGCCGGCCGCUACUCCCAAAAAGGUCGAGCCUGCCCCGGCGCCCGUUGCCCCGGCCCCGGCGCCGGUCGUCGCUGCGGCGCCUGCCCCGGCUGCGGCCCAGAAGGGCUCGGCCCAGUUCGAGCAGGCGAUGGCCGUCAAGACGGCUCACUGCUUCGUCAAGCUCCCCAACUGGUCGACUGGCGGUGACGCGGCUGCCGAGACGAUUGACGAGACGUCUCUCCGCAACAUUGCUUCGCGCUUCGGUGACGUGAGCAAGGUCGAGAUUGUCAAGGGCAAGGCAUGCGCGUUUGUCGAGUUCUCGAAGGUCGAGUCGGCACGCAAGGCGAUUGUUGCUUCGCUUCCUACGCACCAGGGCGGCGAGGGUGGUGUCGUCCAUGGCGAGGGCAAGCUUAACUUUGAGACGCGCAAGGAGAAGGACGAGCGUGCCAAGUUCCGCCGUGGAGGUGCGCCCGAGACUGGCGGCCGGGGCGGUGGCCAGACCCGCACCAACAGCGAGCGCGGCGGCACUGCUGGGCGUGGCGGCCGCGGCCGGCCUCGUGGCGGUGCGUCGGGCCAGGCCAAGUAA